GCUCGGUGUGGUCAUGUCAGUGUGAUGGUUAGCGCUACGGAGUUAUUUAGGCUGGCGCAAAUCUUGCCUCACACGAUAUGUGUUCGACAAAGUGCUUUCGAGACCAUAAUAAACAUGUUCUGUGGAGGAUUGAAAACCAUAUGUAGGUUCUCUCUUGUCAGUGAAUGACAACAUGUUCAACUCAUUCAUAUAAGUUACAAAAAUGAAAAAAUAUAACAUUUUUGGCAACGAUCGAGUUGAACAUCAGAAGCACUCGCCACUGUACGUUUUAUUGGUUCUCAAUGUGCGCUUCACAAGCUUGCUUUACGAACGUUAUCAGAGGCGCUUAAUAAGCGUUAUUAUUAUCGACAGUGAGGCUUAUUUCUGCUUUAUUGGAUCCUCAAAGCGCUCUUAAUCUUCAAAAAUAAAAUACCUGAACUAAUAUAUGCUACGAAAUACACCAGUUGGUUAUUUGUCUCAACCCUCAAUUUGACUUUUAAAAAUGUUUCGAUAGAUUUCAUUAAUAUCAAAUCAGUGGAAUUUUGUUCGAUCGAUUGUAAUUUUGUGACAUAUCGUUCGGCUGAUAGGUAAUAGAAACUUGCUUCCUCUAGGAAGUGAAAACAUUAAUUCAGUAUGGAUUUUCAGCGAAAGUGCUAACAAUGAAUUACUCUAUGAUUCAUUUUGACAUAAGAAGAAAUGCCAGAAUUUAACUUCAGGAUAGGUACUUCUUGACAUAUUAAAAUUUUAAAGAAGGUGUGAAUUUCGCUUUCCAGAUAAAUUGCUAAGUAACAUUUAAGUUUUUCUGCGUUAGCAAAUUAUCAGUUUACAAAAUGAUGAAAAAUUACAGGAAAAAAUCCAUGGACGGCACAAACAACCCUUUUUUGAUUAGAUACCGCACAGGACCGCCUGAUGGACGAAAUGGUCUGAUAAACGAUAGCUACAGAGAGACACUGAACAGUUCAAGUUUUACCGAACGUCUUCCCUAUAAGGAAAAUAUUCCAGAACAAUUUCAAUUGAAACAUAAAAAAGCUAAAUUACAAAAAGCUUCUCCUUUUCAAUACCACCGGCAAGACACCACAAAUCAAGGAUUACACCUGAGGGAUGCUCGGCGAAACAGCGAGUUGCCUCAUAACCGUAAUUUGGAUCAAGAAAACAGACGUCCGGCGCGACGUUGGUCGAAACAUGGGACGAAUUACGAGAAUGUUCAUUGGGAUGGCUCAGUGCAGCAUCAAAAUACGCACGACAUGUCUUUUGUUUCACAGACACAAACUACCGGAGAGUUUCGUACUCUGAAUGAAUUGAAUUAUAGAGCAAUUCGCAGUCCAGUGAGAUAUGAACUCAGACAAGAAUUCGAUCCUUCCGUUUUCGAGAUACGUUACGACCAUCCAAAAUCUAAUUUAUGCAAUUUAGGAUUUUCCAAUCCGAACUACAAGGCGCCUGCUAUGGAAGAAGACUAUGGAUUUAGCGAUUUCAAAAUAAAAAGAACGCCGAGCGUGACGGAAAAGAAAGUAACCAGCACUCGACGGCCAUCUACCGCAUCCAGCUAUGCGCGCAACGCAGGCGGCACUUCGUCGGUCACUGGAACUUUGUCCCGGUCGGUGGCACGUGUGAUUAAGAGGAGGAAACAUGUGGUGUUGCUCGGGCUCGACGGGUCGGGUAAAACUACUAUACUCAUGCGCCUUAAAUACGACGCUAAGCUCGACACUACUCCCACUGUCGGCUUCAACCACGAGAAGAUUCGCGCUGGAGGUUUCCGCUGGUCGGCUUGGGACGUCGGGGGAGGAGAGCGAGUGCGAUCACUGUGGGCGACGUACACUCGGGGCACGGACGGCGUGGUGUUCGUGGUGGACGCAUCCGCGAACGCGGACACCAUGGAGGAAGCUCGACUGGAGCUGGCGAGAAUAAUGAAGCUCGCCAAAGCGAUCGCCAUAGAAAUGGGUCGGACUCCACCACCGCUACUCGUCAUGGCAAACUUUCAGGACCGUAAACAGGCGCGUUCUGCACCAGCUAUCGCCAAAUGUUUGUCGCUGCCCGUGGAAGGGCAAGCACCUCCCAGUGGAGCCGUGCCCGUCUCCUGUUGGGCCGUUGCUUGCGUGUGCGCCGUCACGGGCGACGGGCUGGAUGAAGCUUUCGCUACCCUCAGGCAUCUCAUCGACAACGGAGCGACGCAACCUGCAAAACGCAAGAAAAUACCCGGAGAAUGGUGGCGCUAAGGAGCUUAGCGUGGUCAAUGUUGUGCUUUUGAUAUGUUGAAGACGGUCUUUUUGUACAACGUUUUAGGUCUGAAGCUGUAUAUGUUUCUUCGGUGGACGGAAGUGUCCAGUGAUAUAUGCAGCUCUACUCGCAACAAUUGUGGUUUUUCCUUGAUAAUAAUCAACCAGCAGGAAAGUUGAUAGGCAAUUGAAUUUAUUUGCUGAGUAUAGAAAUGAAUGGGUCAAGAGGAAGAAAUGAGGAGAAAAAUGGUGACCAUGAGUUGUAUAAAACUCUACACCCAUCAUAGGUACGGGUCAGUUAUUGAGGAAGCACAUGCUUCUGUGGACAUAAUAUUUCGGUAAACUUGAUAUUAUGCAGUCGUUAUCUGAUGAUGCGAGGUUCAUACUUCAAGUUAUCACGGGCUCUGCCUAUAAUCGCAGGACUCUAUUUAUAAAAUUGACUAUUCCAAUUGUAUUACUUCUCGCUGUUGUCUAGUGGAUGGAGCACGAGAACGCACAGAUUGUUCAGAGUACUACCUACAGGCUGCGUUCUGAAUGAUCUAAAUUAUUAACGAUUAUGAAGAAACGAUGAUCAGGCCGGGUCCUUGAUAAUUGAUGUUAUUCUCAGUUGUUAUAGCUAGUCCAAUGUGCGUCACGACACAAGAUAUUUUCAAAUUUAGUUCUGCGAAAAUCCACCUUGUCUCAAAAUUGUAUAUUAGUUAAACUAGCUUCACUUGUUAAUGUUUCAACUUGGUUUAAAUCGCAAUUAUAAUAUAACUGUUGAAUACUUUAGUAUUUAUACUCAAUGUGCAUUAAACCGAUAGAAUUAUAUUUAUGGUCGGGUCUCAGGCUCAGAUUACCAACAUAAUCCUGAUUAACUUUUGACGAGGAUAAAAUCUCAGCUAUUAUUGGUCGUUUUCCCAGAAAAGGAGCAAUGAGUAGCUAAUGAAUGAAUGAAUUUUUUUAAAUGUAGUCGCCCUUAAUACGCAAACUAAUUCAAAAUGAACCUAUGCAUAUGAACGCGCUAUUAAUUGAUAUUAAUGUAUGUUUAUGAGUAAAUCACAAUGUGUUACUUCAGAUAGCGUGUUAUCGAAUCAAUUGACGAGUGUAAUCCUUUAAAUAAAUUGACCAUAAUUACGUUGAGAAGUUUAUUUUAAUUAGAAUGAAAGUUGUAAAGAAAUAAAUAUAUAGUAUUUGUUCAAAUGAAACAUCUUUACAAUUUUACUGCGUGUCCUUCUAAGAAAACUUUCCACUGCAGCAGCUGAUGGACAAUUUUUCGGUAAUAUUUUCUAAGAACAAAGAUAUUCAAAGUAACAAAACAUGUAUGCUUGAAAGAGGCUUAAGCAUUAAAUAAUGACUCUUUUCUUU